CAUGUUGCUAACACCCUUUUCUUUAUUUUUUGCUAUUAUUUUUAUUUCCGCUACAACUUUAUGCAACGGGGAAAACUUAAUAGAAGCAGAAACGGAAAAGCCGACUUCUUUGUCUAAUAAUUCUGAAAAAUCUGAAAAUUUUGAAAAAUCGAGUGCUUGUCUUGAAAUCACCCAAACGCCUAUGCCGGAAUGGAAAAUUAAAUUGGAAGAAGCCCGUGCUGAAGCUAAAAAGCGAAGUGAGGAACGUAAAGAAAGGGUUAAGAGAUUCCAGGAAGAAUAUAAACGUUGGAUGAAGUUACCUUUAGCUGAUAGAAGGGUUGAAAUGAAAAAGUGGUUUGCGGAGCGUAGGAAGGAGAGACAAGAACGAGCAAAAAUUCGUCGAGAAAAAAUUUUGGCACAAAUUGAGGCUAUUAGAAAUAAAAAUAAAUUGAAGGCACUUCCAAAGAAUGCAACACAGUCUACAACAAUAGAGCCAUCAACAUUAGAGUCGACAACAGUUUCUCCGACAACAGAAGCCUCAACCUCCCCAGCUACGGAAGAAAUAAUAAAUUCAACUGAGACAACGGAGAUUAAAGUAGCCGAAAACGCUACAAAAGCAUCAGAAGAACAACAACCAACAUCUACCGUAGCCUCUUCUAUUAACGCUUUAGAAGGUACAGAACAAUCUGUCAAGGUUGAGGAAGAGACAAAAGAGGCCUCAAAAACAGAAGAAACAAACAACAAUGUUUCUGUAAUUUCUGAAAAAGAAAAACCAGAAAUUGAAACAAUUAAAAAUACAGCGGAAAAUAAAGAAGCUACCGUGUAUAAUAAUGCUACGGAACAGCCAAAAAUUGAUAUUAAUCAAGAGAUGCCAAAAAACGAGGAACCAAAAACAGAAGAAAUUAAAUCUUCGGAUAAAGCAGAAAAUCAGAAUAUUGAGAAAGAAAAAGAGGAAAAAGCAGAAAAUUUGCUUGUAAAAGCGAAGGAAUUAAAUCAACCUUUGGGGUCUAAAACGCCUACAGAACCUAAUAAAAUUCAAAAUGAAGAGAAAAAAGAUGCUAAAAUUAAGGCUUGA